ACUGCAAUCAGUUAAGGUUUCAGGCACCGAACUUGCAUACCAAACAAAUUAGUUUUCGUCCUAUUUUUACCUUUUCACGUAUUAUUUAAUAUUUAAAAUGGUGAAAUAUGUAUGCAGGACUUGGUCGUUCUAUAGAUCCGUCUUCAUCAGAGGGUUUAGCAGGUGCAACAUCGCCAAUAGUCACGAAUCCCCUGAGCAGAAUGUAAAGGGCAAAAGUGCUAAGGAAAUGCUGGAAGAAAGUUCGAUGAUAGACGAAGUUGAGGUGACAGAAAGCAAGGAAGAAGUCUGGGCGACGUCUCCCUAUCCAAAAAUUCAAGGUUCAGAUAAGAGAAAUCAGGCUUUAUUCUCUUUCCGACCUCGGGUGGAUCCUAGAGAUACGAGCAUUAUACUAUUCCCCGGCCAAGGGACCCAAUUUGUCGGGAUGGGAAAGAAUCUGAUGAAAAUCCCUGCUGUCAAGGACUUGUUCGAGGAGGCGAACCAUAUACUUAGAUACAACCUGAUGGACAUUUGUUUAAAUGGUCCCAAAGAGAAGCUCAACAGGACGGAAUUUGCACAGCCGGCGAUUCUAGUCUGUUCCCUUGCUGCUCUCGAGCGGCUGAAAGAAGAAAAGCCGAAAGCAAUUGAAAACUGCUGCGCUACUGCUGGCUUCAGCCUGGGCGAACUCACAGCCCUCAUCUUCGCUGAGGCGAUCAAAUUUGAACAAGCGUUAAGGUUAGUGAGAGUCAGGGCUGAAUCGAUGCAGCUAGCUGCUGAAAUGGAAGAAGGAGCAAUGGUGAUGGUGAUGUUCAGUCCAGAUUCUAAGCUUUCCUUUGCUUGUAAAUCAGCAAAGGAGUAUGCUAUUUCUGAAGGGAUUCCAAACGCAUACUGCGGUGUUUCUAAUUAUCUCUUUCCACAUAGCAAAAUCAUCGCCGGCCAUGAAAAGGCCAUCAAAUAUUUAGAAGAGAAUAAAGACAAGUUCAACUUGAAGAGGAUGAAAAGGUUGCAAGUGUCUGGUGCUUUUCACACGCCGCUCAUGCAACCUGCCAUUGAGCCAUUCGUCGAAGCAUUAAAAAAGACAAAGAUUUAUGAGCCGACUAUUGCUGUGCACUCAAAUGUCGACGGAAAGCAUUACCAAAAUGCCAAUCAUAUUAAGAAACAGCUUCCUAAGCAGAUUUUAGCUCCUGUGAAGUGGGAACAGACCUUGCACAUUCUUUACGAAAGGCCUAAGGACAUGCCAUUCCCUCAAACUUAUGAAUGCGGCCCAGGUCAAAGCUUGUCAACGAUUUUAAAAAUGGUCAAUGUAAAAGCGCAUGAAAAUUGUUUUAAUGUUCCAGCAUGAUUUAAAAGGUGUAAAUAUUUUAUUGUUUCAUAAAUUAGUU